CAGCAGCCCUCCCAGCAGCAGCAGCCCCGGCAGCAGCCCUACCAGCAGCAGCAGCCCCGGCAGCAGCCCUACCAGCAGCAGCAGCCCCGGCCAGCCAUCACCAGCGUGACCACCACAACACAGUCAGUGAUGUCGGGGAUGUGGAGCAGUGGCGUGUGUGAUUGCUGCUCGGACAUGGAAACCUGCUGCUGCGGGUACUGGUGCUUCCCCUGCUUGCAGUGCAAGACCACCGGUGACUUUGGCUGGUGCUGCUGUCUGCCCUUGGUGGACGUCUGCUGCGUCGUGUCCUGCUGCCUGCGCUCCUCCAUGCGAGAGCGCUACGGCAUAAAUGGUUCAUGCUGUGACGACUAUUGUCAACUGUUAUGGUGUUACCAAUGCGUCUGGUGCCAAAUGGCGCGUGAAGUCAAGACUAGGGGUCGUACUGGCAACACUACGGUGGUCACCACCCAGGUCAUCCAAGUCUAGGGGUCCCCGUUCGCGGCUGAGGAACCUUAAGGCCAAAAGAUUGCACUAAUGAUUGUUUCAUCAUAUUUUUUGUAAAAGAGUAGUUUCACUUUUAAACCAGCAUUUCUUCCCAUUGUUCCAUGGCAUCUUAUAAUGACCAAAUAACAUUUAAACUGAAUGCAGCCAUUGUUAAAUUUAGCUAGCAUUUUUUCAACUUAAACUGUUUGAACACAGCUGUCCACAAGUGUUCUUAUUAUGUUUUAUACAUUCCUGACCUUUGCUAUGCCUUCAUUAAAAUCGAAUGUUUUUCCGAUCUCACAAA